AUAUAUAUCUAUAGACACAUCUAUUGAGUUAGAGAAAGAGAAAGAGAGAGUGAAAGUAUGGAAGAAGAAGGUGUGUUGUUAUUGAAAGAGGGAGAAAAGAAAGGGGGUGGUUUAGUAACAUGGAGUGUGUUUGGUGAGGAGGUGAAGAGGUUGGGUUGCAUAGCUGCACCCAUGGUGGCUGUGACACUAUCACAGUACUUGUUGCAAGUUGUAUCCAUCAUGAUGGUCGGUCACCUUGGCGAACUUUCUCUAUCUAGCACCGCCAUAGCCAUCUCUCUCUCCAGUGUCACGGGCUUCAGUCUUCUUUUAGGGAUGGCUAGUGCUUUGGAAACUCUAUGUGGACAGGCAUAUGGAGCUCAACAAUACAAAAAACUUGGAACUCAAACUCACACUGCUAUUUUCUCCCUCAUCAUUGUUUGUCUCCCCCUCUCUAUAAUCUGGAUCUAUAUGGGGAAAAUACUCAUUUUCAUAGGCCAAGACCCUUUAAUUUCACGUGAAGCCGGUAAAUUCAUAAUUUGUCUUGUUCCCGCCCUCUUUGCUUAUGCGAUUCUUCAACCACUUGUCCGAUACUUUCAAAUGCAAAGUUUGAUCAUUCCUAUGCUCAUAAGCUCAUGUGCCACUCUUGCUUUCCACAUACCUCUUUGUUGGGUUCUAGUGUUCAAGUCCGGAUUGAAUAACCUUGGAGGUGCGUUGGCGAUUGAUAUUUCAAAUUGGUUGAAUGUGAUCUUUCUCGUUUUGUACAUGAAGUACUCUUCUAGCUGUGAAAAAACCCGGGUCCCAAUUUCAAUGGAUGUGGUACGAGGAGUGGGAGAGUUCUUUCGCUUUGCUAUUCCUUCUGCUGUUAUGAUUUGUCUCGAGUGGUGGUCAUUUGAGUUUCUUAUCUUGUUGUCUGGACUUUUGCCAAAUCCAGAGCUCGAAACUUCUGUUCUCUCUGUAUGUCUCAAUACGAUCGCUACACUCUACUCAAUACCUUAUGGCUUUGGUGCUGCUGUUAGCACUAGAGUUUCAAACGAAUUAGGAGCUGGGAACCCACAAGGGGCACGUAUAGCUGUAUUUGCCGUGAUGUUCCUUACAAUCACAGAGACUACAAUAGUGAGUGCAACCCUCUUUGCCACCCGAAGCAUUUUUGGCUAUACUUUUAGCAAUGAGAAAGAAGUUGUGGAUUAUGUCACAGCCAUGGCGCCUCUAGUUUGCCUAUCGGUUAUAUUGGACAGCAUACAAGGGGUCCUUUCAGGUGUUGCAAGGGGAUGUGGGUGGCAACACAUAGGGGCUUAUGUCAACCUUGGAGCAUUCUAUCUGGUUGGAAUUCCUAUUGCUGCCAUAUUGGGUUUUUGGGUACAAUUAAGAGGAAAAGGCUUGUGGAUUGGAAUACAAGUUGGUGCUAUUGUGCAAUCAAUUAUGCUUUUUCUAAUAACAAGUUUCACAAAUUGGGAAAAACAGGCAACUCAAGCGAGGGAGAGGUUAUUGGAGGGAAGAUCUCAGCAAAUAGUGGAUUAAUGUGAAAUGGGGGAGUUUUGGAGGCGUGAUUAUAGUUUAUUUUGAUUUAAAAGUCUGUGCCAGAUUGUUUGGUACAGUUUCUGCUUAUAACUUAUUAGGCAGAAAUAGUUUAAAUAAACUGAAAAAAGCUGAUUAUUUAAAAGUUGGGAUAAGAAUGCUUUUAACUUUUAUUUUCUGAUUAUCAAUUUUUAAUUUAAAAAAAGUUUCACCAAACAA